AAAGGGCAGAGAGAGUGAGAGAGCGCACGCGCCAAAAGAAAGAAAGAAAGAGGGAGAGAGAGAAACCGGUUCAGUCUCCGAAGCCUGCUGGGAAAGAUGAGGGAUUGGUGAUGCAUUCGAGACAUGCGAGACAUCGCGGCCGGGAAAUUGGCCCGACGCACAGAACAUUCCCCCUACCAGGAUGGUUGGUCGGGAAAAAAAGAGUCAGAGGACAAGAGGAGACUGGACUCGACCUUCGAGCCCUCGAGACAGCCUGAGCACGAAACCACCCCACUCUGAAAAACCGCCCACUUUCCUUCUUCCCCCCUUACGUCAUGAUCCGAAGCUGCAGGUAGACCUGAGGGUAAAUCGGUACGUAGGUCUGAUUGGAUUGAUAACUCGAGGAGAUGGGUGCCAGACCGGAGCGCUGGUGCCGGAUUUCAUCUACCAACGGACACUCUCUCAACUGCGACCCAAGCACAGUCACUCGACGGCAGGCGUUAGGUACCAUGGCCGCGUUGUUGUCUCAUGUCCCUUGGUCCCUGAAGGAGCCCAUUGUCGAUGCACAUCGAGAAUGGUCGGGCAUGCUGUGCAGGGUCUCGUGUCCCGUGUAGGAACCCGACGAUCGAUCCCUGUUGUUUUCCAUGGAUUUAGCCUCAUUAACCCGACUUGCAGGAGUGACCAGUGAAUCUCAGAACCCCACUGGAAAGGGAGGUAGGUGUUCGUCGGCUUCUGACUAUGAGUAGGUAUGUACACAAAACGGGAAUGACGAUGGAAGACGGAAGUGCAUCAUUACUAUUAUUAUUGACUGGGGGCUUGGGCCUGGGAAGGGGAGCCCUUACCCGAUCUGGAACGGGUGAGUGGGUUAGUACUGUAGGUACCUAGCCUGGAGAGUAGGUACCUUAUAGUGCAGUGCCAGCCAGUGAAUGCAGUGCAGUCACCGUCUGCCCCAGUGACAUGUGAACCUGGAAAACC